UGGAAGGAUUAGGAUAGCAUGCAUAAAUAGCUGCACCAAGCUCCCUCCCACGGCGCCAUCGUAGUCGUAGGCAGCAAAAAUCUAACCGUCGACCCAUCGACCAUGUCUGGAUGGUGGGAGAAGGACGAGCCCAACGGCUCCAAGGCGGUGAGCCUGCUGCUCCGCCUCUCCGCGCUCAUCCUGGCCCUCGCGUCCGCCGUCAUGAUGGCCACGGCCGACGACUGCACGAUCGCCGGCGCGACGCCCACGGCCGUCACCUACCGGGACUACGGCGCCUUCGUGUACCUGGUGGGGGCCAACGUCGCCGCGGCCGUGCUGGAGGCCGCGGCAGUCUACCUGCAGCUCAGCGGCGCCGGUGACGAUGAUGACGACGGGGGCAGCCCGCUCCCAGGGAUCAUCCUGGUCGUCGUCGACGUGCUGGCGCAGGCGCUGCUCUACUCGUCCACGGGCGCCGCGUACGGCGCGGUGGUCGGCGUCGACGUCUGCGUGGCGGUCGGCGCGCAGGUGGGGCGGGCCAGGCUGCUGUCCCUUGGCGCCAGCGUCUCCCUCGGCCUCGCCGCCGUCGUCAAGGACGUCUCGCUGCCGUUCAAUGUCUGGCCCGGCUCGUCGGACUGAGAUGCCGGACGGCCAGCCCAGAGAACCGUGUGCCGUGUUAGUGUGUGUGCGUGCAUGGUACAGUACAGAGUAUGUGGCAACUGUAAGCAUCCUGUACUGGUUGGCUAUUUGAUCACGAGACUUAUUCCA